CACUCCGACCCCUCCUCUCCACUGCAGAACAGCACAUGGGCUCAUGCAGCUCGAAAAGAACGCAGUCAGAAAAGUCAAGUUUUCAGAAGAGAGAUAAAUGGUGAGAGGGAAGCCUGCUGUUGGUUUCCUGGACUGGAUGGUUGGAGUUGCAAUAGGAAGCAAUCUCCUUUUCCUGUGUGUGAGUUGUCUGUCCGCUCUGACGAGGAUCAGCAAGAGCAGAAAGUGGGCUGAAGAAGAACUUCUGGAUGCAACAGCAAGGAGGAGGACCAGCCAAACGAGAGGAAAACAGUGGGAGACAGGAACAGCAGGAGUUGGACUGAGAAGACAGAGUCAGAGUCUUGAGGGACGUUUAAAGAGAUGACGGCAAGAAGAUAUAGGAGAUAUUAAGGAUAAAACAAGCAGCUCACCUGACUCACUUUCUGCUCUACUAGCGUCCUUCCUCCCCUGUCCUCCCUCCUUCCCCCUUCCCCUCUCCCCUGACAUGGGCCGCCUGCUGGCCCUGACCCUCGCCUACCUGGCCCACCUGCUGGCCGCCGCCAUCGGCUCAGAACGCCAACAGCAUCACGUGCAGCACGGCCGCUGCAGCUACACCUUCAUCCUCCCCGAGGUGCAGCACUGCCAACCCUUAAAGGACUUCCAGGUCACCAACACCCUCCAGAGGGACUCCCCGCCCGAGGCAGAGCCUGAAGCGAGCCAAUCCAGGCCAGGUAAGGCCCAAAGGGAGAGGCCUUCCUUACAGGAGAGGAAGCUGGACCAUCUAGAGAGUGCCAUGGAGAAUAACACGCAGUGGCUGCAGAAGCUGGAGAACUUCAUCCAGGAGAAUGUGCGCUCUGGGAUGGAGGAAAUGAAAAGAACUGCGGUACACACACAGACAGCUGCCAUGCUGGAAAUGGGAACCAAUCUUCUCAGCCAAUCAGCGGAGCAGACCCGCAAACUGACAGACGUUGAGACCCAGGUUUUAAAUCAGACUAGUCGCCUGGAGAUCCAGCUGCUUGAGUACUCGCUCUUCACUAACCGACUGGAGAAACAUAUUCUCCUUCAGACUCAGGAGAUCUCACGCCUCAGUGAUAAAAACAGUUUUCUUGAACAGAGGCUCUUGGCGUUGGAGGCUCGGUACGGGAGGGAGCUGCAGGGCCUGCAGAGCGAAAAGCAGCAGCUUCAGGAGCUUCUGGAGAGGCAGAGUGGAUUGGUCAGUCAGCUGCAGGGUGAACUGAGCAGCUCCACGCUCAACAGCAGCUCACUUCAGAGGCAGCAGGCCGUGCUCACAGACACUGUGCAGCAGCUGCUGGCCAUGGUCAACCACUGCAAUGAAAUCUCCAAUGCUCCCAAGGAGGAGCUGCUUAGUUUCAGGGACUGCGCUGAGAUCCUGCGGUCUGGAGUAACAGAGAGUGGAAUAUACAGCAUACGCCUCACUAACUCCACACAGACUGUCAAGGUGUUCUGUGACAUGAAGACCAGAGGCGGCGGAUGGACGGUGCUACAGCAUCGGAGGAACGGCUCCGUAAACUUCCAUCGUGGGUGGAGAGAUUACAAAAUGGGCUUUGGAGAGCCGUCUGGGGAACACUGGCUUGGGAAUGAUAUCAUCCACACGCUGACCAGCUCCCAGGAAUACAGUCUGCACGUCCAGCUGAAAGACAGAGAGGGGAACGAAGCUUUCUCAAAUUACGAUCGCUUCCACAUAGAUGGAGAGGACAACAACUACAGCCUUCACGCUGAGGGCUUCAGUGGCACAGCGGGUCGGACCAGCAGCCUCACCCACACUGGCACCCCGUUCAGCACCAAGGACAGAGACAAUGACCGCUGCACCUGCAAGUGCUCGCAGCUCGCGUCCGGAGGUUGGUGGUUUGAGGCGUGCGGUCCGUCCAACCUGAAUGGCAUUUAUUACCCAAGCUCCUCCAGUGUGGUUCGCUACAAUGGCAUCAAGUGGUACUAUUGGAAAGGUCCAAAUCUGAUGACUACCAUGACAACCAUGAUGGUGCGCCCAGCAAACUUCUGACAGACGUGGCGUUUGCAGGAUGCAGAUAAAUGAAGUGAAUGUUGCCUCCGAUGACUAAAAAGAAAAAUAUCCAGGAAAUUGUAUUUUUGGGAGGAAAUGUUACUCGGACUGUUGGUGGUUUCAGCUUCUGGACAUCUUGAAAAGAGGCUCUAAGCUUUUGUCUUGGGCCAUGUGCGGACACUCGGCAUAUGACUGGUUAUAAUGAAUUCAUUACAGAUACAUUCAACCAACUAUUUUUAUUCACAAGGUUUCCAAGGCUAUAUUUCAAUAGGGAUUGUGCAGCUGGAAGAGGAAAUGAUGUUUGCUAUAAAUGAGAAAAACAGAACUUAUCACAUCAAAUGAUGCAGUUAAUUAUGAUCAGUUAUAAAAUGAAAUGAACAAUUAAUCGAAAAACCUUUAUAGACACUUUAACACAUAUCUAUUUUUAUAUUUUCAAGUAUGAAAACCUUUGUUGUGUGUGUGUCUGUUUGCUGUAAACAACUGCAAUAAAUCAAGACAAA